AUGGCACCACCCCGUCGCCCCAGACCCAAUAUCUCUCUUUGGAGACGUUUCCGGUGGUGGCUGCGCCACCUGGAGUCUCCACUGGAGUUACGCGCUAGUUUCCGGCGGCUAAAGCAACACAACAAACACCCCCUGCUGACGCUCCUACGCAUGUUCAUUCCCUAUCCAUCCUGGUACUUCAACGUUCCCGGUCCAUUCUCUCUCGGAGCCCUCAUCGAAGAUGACCAGAACGGGACUGGGAUAAUUCAGCAUCUCUUUGAGGAUCUGCAUAACCUCAGAGCCAUCCCCAUCUGGCGCAUGCGUGACACGCCACUGCGUUCAAUCUACCGGCUUUACGCUCUUUUUCUCGCUGACAAGUACACUCUGAUGGGCUACGAGACGGAAUACUUCUUCUAUCGAUCAGGCUGGAAGCUCCAACACAUCCCAGAUCCGAAGGAUGCUGACCCGCUGCGUUACGCCGUAAUCGCGUGUAUCGUCGAGGAACUACACCAAGCGAUCAACUGGCGGCUUAGUCUGGGCCUACGGAGGAGUGGUGAACACGUGUACCGUGAAACGGACGAGCAUUCGUGGCCCCCAUACGUCGCGGAAGAGUUGCCGGAGUGGACGAGGAAGGUAGCUCCGAUUGACAAGGAUCUACUCAGACGGUCUGUGCCCCCAGAAAAGCUGGAUACGGAUGGAAACUUAGUGCUCGAGGAGAAUGGCUUGAGUCCCAUUUUGCCCGGCCCCAAGCACGCUUCCAGAUCCUGCCUCACGGGUCUCCCCGAUGUCUCCACACCGCUCCGCGUAGUCCUGCCCGAUAUCAUGUGA